GGCGCGGAAGGGAGAGGCCACCCAAUUGGUUGAGUGAAUGGCCCGAGGGGGGGUUAUGAUUGGCUGCGCCGGGAAGGGGCGGUGCCGUGUGAGGCUCUGUUGCUGGGCAGGGUAAAAUGGCUGCGUUAGACAGGGUGAAGGUGCUGGUGCUGGGGGACUCAGGUGUUGGGAAGUCUUCCCUUGUUCAUCUGUUGUGCCAAAACCAGGUGUUGGGAAACCCAUCUUGGACAGUGGGCUGCUCAGUGGAUGUCCGAAUUCAUGACUACAAAGAGGGGACCCCAGAAGAGAAGACCUACUACAUCGAGUUGUGGGAUGUUGGCGGUUCAGUGGGCAGUGCUAGUAGCGUGAAAAGCACACGGGCAGUUUUUUACAACUCUGUGAAUGGCAUAAUAUUAGUGCAUGAUUUAACCAACAAGAAGUCCUCCCAGAACUUGUAUCGAUGGUCAUUGGAAGCACUUAACCGAGAUGUGGCUCCAAGUGGAGUGCUGGUGACGAAUGGGGACUAUGACCGUGAACAGUUUGCUGAUAACCAGAUUCCACUGCUGGUGAUAGGAACCAAAUUGGACCAGAUCCCAGAGACUAAGCGCAAUGAAGUUUUGACCAGAACAGCUUUCCUGGCUGAGGAUUUCAAUGCAGAAGAGAUUAAUCUGGACUGCACCAAUCCCCGCUAUCUGGCUGCAGGCUCAUCCAAUGCUGUCAAGCUCAGCAGGUUUUUUGAUAAGGUCAUAGAGAAGAGAUACUUGUCACGAGAUGGUAAUCAGAUUCCUGGCUUUCCUGAUAGAAAAAGAUUUGGAGGUGGUACACUGAAGAGCCUUCAUUAUGACUGAACACUGCUCACUGUCCAGAGACUGAAUGGAAGAUGAAUUCUCUCCAUUUGCAGCAACAUUCCUAUCCCUGUUGGACUCUUAAAGGCAACGAUCCUCAUGCCAGGCAAAAUACAUUUUAUUAAUUGCUUUGGCCAACAGGACUAUGGAAGCUACCAGUGCUCAUGAAGGCACAAGGAAGAAUCCCCCAAAUCUGUUUUGGGGUCCAAACUCUCUCCUAGGCUUAGGAACCUUGUGGAAAUACUGGAUCUUUUUCAAUUGGUGCAGUAAAUUUAGUGUUUCCCACGCUGCUGUGGGAAACAUUCUCAUUCACAGCA